AUGAUAAAGAGAGAUGAAAUGAAAGUGGUUCCUUAUAUGUCACUAGCGGGUAGCCUUAUGUAUGCUCAAGUAUGCACACACCCUGAUAUUAUUUUUGUUGUUGGCGUGUUGGUUACAUACUUGAGUGAUCCUGGACAUAGCCAUUGGAAAGCGGCUAAGAAGGUCAUGCAGUAUCUUCAGGGUACCAUGGAUCAUAUGUUGACUUAUCGACGAGCUGACAAUCUUGAUAUAGUUGGGUUUAGUAACGUCGAUUAUGCAGGAUGCGUGGAUGAUGAGAAAUCCACAUCAGAUUAUAUUUUCAUGAUGGCUAAACGAGUUGUUUUAUGGAAAAGUGUCAAACAGACACUCACAGCAUCCUUAAUAAUGGAGGCAGGGUAUAUCGCAUGUUAUGAGGCUACAUGUCAAGCAAUAUGGAUGCAAAACUUUAUUUCAGCAAUGGGUGUUAUAGACUCUAUCUCGAGGCUGCUAAAAUUUUAUUAUGAUAAUCACGCAGCAGUAGCUUUCUCUAAAACUGCUAGAAGUACUUCCCGCUCCAAACACAUUGACAUAAAAUGCUAUUUUGUCAAAGAGAAAGUUAUCGAGUCUCUUAUUUUUAUUUACACGCCUACUAAUGGUAUGUUGGCAGACCCACUAACGAAAGGCUUACCCAUUUGUGUGUUUUUAGAACAUGUUGCUCGAAUGGAAUUGUUAAGAACCUAG